AUGAGUAUUGUAAAUGAACAGUACUGGACACCUAAAAAGGGAAGAGAACUUGCUUUAAAAUAUGAGAAGUUAAUUUUACUAAUAUCAUUCUUAUAUAUUCCUUCAAUAUUUAUAUUGCAAAGAUUUAUGAAAAAAAGAAAAGAAAUAGAAGCAAAAGUUUAUAAAAUUAUAUGGAAUUUAAGCUUAUCUUUUUUAUCCUUUAUUGGUGCUUUACUUAUAAUAAUUUAUGAUAAAAAUAUUUUAAAAUCUUUAAUUAUUGAAGAAACUGAAUAUAGCCCAGAAACAAGAGCAGUUAUAUGUAUAUUUACGUUAACAAAAUUUGUGGAAUAUGGAGAUACAUUAUUUUUAAUUUUAAAAAAAAAAAAAUUAACAUUUUUACAUAGCUACCACCAUUUUAGUGUUGUUAUUUAUUGCUUAUAUUCACAAAAAGAGUUAGUUUCCCAUGCACACUAUUUUGUUUUUUUUAAUUUGAUUGUUCACUCGAUUAUGUAUUUUUAUUUUGGUUUUAUAUAUAUUUUACCAAAAAUCGUUAUUAAAAUGAGAAAGUUUAUUACGUGUUUACAAAUAUUUCAAAUGUUUGUAGGAAUUUUUAUAUCAUAUUAUGCUAUAAAACACGUGGAUAAUCAAGUUUAUGUAAAUAAUGCCAUUGCAAGCUUUACUUUAUAUUUAACUUACGCAUUUUUGUUUUUAAAUUUUUAUUUUAAUAGUUAUUAUAGAAAUAUAAAAAGUAAUGUUGCCACCUAUCUAAUAAGUAUUCAUAUAUUAGGAAUUAUUGGAUUUAUUAUGAUAUGUAAGAGCAAAGAUAUUUUGAGAUUAUUUCUUGAAGUAUCAGUUGGAUGCGUUUUCACUUUGACCUUAUUAAAUUUUUCUUUCUAUAUUAAUAAGCAUUAUUAUCAAAAUAUAAAAAAUAAAAUAUCAGAAAAAAAUUUAAUUGAGGAAACAGAUCUCUUCAAUAAAUACAAAAAAAAAUAUUAUUCAAAUAUGGCUCUUUUAAAAAAAAUUACUAUUAAUAUGAUUAAAACUUGUUUAUUAUGUUUUAACGGUUUGGCUACUUAUGCUCAUGAUAAUAUAUUUCUUUUUGUUAAUUUAUAUUCAGAAAAAAUUAAAAAAAUUGCGAAUGAUUCAAUCACAGACACUCCUAAUAAAAGAGUAAAUAAUAAUGAACUGAAUGAUACUUCUUCUGAUAAACCACUAACAAAAGAUGAUUUGAAAAAAAAAAAAAAACCAUUAUAUACUUUUUACACAUCAGUAAAAGACAUUUACAGUUCAUCUAUAAUAUCAUAUAUAAUAUGGAAAUCCCCAAUUGAAAAUAUUUCCGUAAAUUUAGAAAAUAUGAAAACAGAUCAAUCAAAUAUUAAUGACAAUUUUAACCUUCUAUGUAUAACAAAACAAAUAAUUCAAAAUUAUCUAUUUUAUAUUGUUUGUUUAAUAUUACCAAUAUAUUAUGGCUUAAAAGUUUACAAUGAUGCAUUAUUGGGAUUAUGUGUACAUGGAGCUUUAAGGUGGCUAAUUGAACUUUAUUCAACAAAAAUAUUUAAUAAAACUCAAAAACUAAAAUUUCAUUAA